UCAAGUCCUAACAGGCAAGCAGUCUCUCCUGAAAGUCUUUAUCCCGCUCCUUUUUCCAAGAUGAACAGAAUUAUUCUCCAGCUUUUUGCAGUCGGAUUCUGCUUUGCAGUCGUUCAAGCUCUGAAGUGCUACAAAUGCAGCAUUGGCUUUGGGGACCUGUGCUUGACGUCUGAAAUCACGUGUACAGGUGGAGAUCAAUGCUUCAGUGGUGUCGGUAAAGCAGCCGGUGUUUUAGACAUCAAGACGAAGGGCUGUCUAGCAGUGGACAUGUGCAACAAGACCAAGGAAGUGAACUUCCCCACCAGCGGCUCUAACACCACCGUCUACACUCUGACCAAGACCUGCUGCAGCACCGACCUGUGCAACGCCGCGCCCGGUCUGCCUGGGACCUCGGUGCUGAACCUGGCCCUCGCCACCAUCACUGCUCUGUUCGCGGCCAACAUCAUGGUUUGACAGAAAAAACACGGUUGACACAAAGUACACACACACACACACAAAAACACACACACACAUAAAACACACACACAUAAAACACACUACUUAUUGCACACACAUCAGCACUACAAGGAUUAAAUUAUCUCCUCAGACAUGCAUUUUUUUUUUUCUCCAAAAGGGUCUUGUGUUUCCUGUUCUUGAGGUGUAUUGUUCUUCACGCACAUGUUUAUACCGGUUCAAAUUAAAUUCCCCUUUUUGAUUUUGUAUUCUUAAAUUAAUCAGUAAGAUGUAGCAUGUUAGUUGACAGUGGACAGUUUAAAGUAGCCUAAAAAUGAAUUUGAAUGAGAAGUAAACUUUUUGGAUAAAUUGCGUGCGUUAGGCAUUUCACUGUUUGACUAAAUUGGUAUAGCUUAAAUGAAUAGGCCAACAUUUUGCAAAAUGUGCUUUUCUUCUUCUUUUUUUUUUUUUUUCCAAGAGUUUGAUUAGAACAUCGACAAUCUCAUUUCUGUCCGUUGAACAUGAAGCUAUACCCAGCAGACAACGGGGAAACGACUAGCAUGAUGCAGUCCAAAGGUUUAAAAAAAGCAUCUCUAAAGCUCACUAAUUAACAUUUUUGAUCUCAUCAAUUUAAUCUAUAAAAGUGUAAAAAACCACAAGUGAUGCAUAACUAUAGAGCGUUAAAGGUGGUAAGUGAUUAUUUUUUUUUACCAGUGGACAGAGCCAGGAUCUUCAUGCUAAGCUAACCAUCUACUGAGUGUAGCUUCAUUUUUAUUGUACACACAUGGAAGUGAUAUUUUUUUUUUUUUUUUUCCUUAUCCAACUUUAUGCAAGAAGAGGGAUCACCAUAUGUCACAAAAUGUCAAACUGCUCAUUUAAAUGUAUUGCUUUGGACCCACUGUAUAGUCAUUUUAGAGUCACCAUAUAAUCUAUAGAUUUCAAAGCUCCCAUGAACAUUUCUAUUUCUAUUCAUUUCACCUGUUGACAUUUGUUAGCUUUAAUACUGUGUAGGUAAAAUAAUGUAAAUGGUCUCUUGGCUUGUGUCUGUAAACGUAUUUCUUUUGCUGGUUUUUAUUUCGAAACAAAUGGCUCCACCAGUUCUGUGUUUAAUGAGUUUUAAUGUGAUGUCCACACUGCACGUUACUCUUAAGCUGUGGGGUAAAGCUUCUGUUUAUCUUGCUAGUUUUUAAUGUGUGUGUAUAUAUGGGGAGAAUGUGAUUUAACUCAUCAUAUUUGCAGAUAUUGAAAAUUGCAGCAAGUUGAAAUUAGUCAGGGCUGAUCUUUAGGUAUCCUAUCUCUUACAUGAAUCAUUAAAGUUAAAUUUGUGAAAUUUUUGGCAUUAUUUGCCAGUUACCUGUCUGAAUGUUUUCGCAAGAAUUUGUUUGGUUGACAAUUUGAAAAAUGCAAUAAAUAUCAAUACUG